ACUGUCGGAGCAAUUGCGUUGGAGAAAUUUGCGGAAGGGAAAUUUGAAAUAUUUUAUCGACAGCACCACCGCCUCUACAAUGGACUUCAAAUCACCGGACGCCGCUCUCUGGAGAGAAACCCUCCUCUCCUACGAAUCGGUAAUUAAAAACCUAGGGAAGCCCGACCUCAUUUCCCACGACGAUUUUUACCGCAAAGAGCUCCCAGCUCUGCUCCACCAGCGCGACCCCGAUCCCUACCUCACCACCGCCGAACUCUCCAGGCUGAUGGAGUGGAAGCUCUCCCGCGGCAAGUGGCGCCCGCGCUUGCUGUCCUUCGUCUCCUCCCUCGACGACGCACUCGUCAGGGACGCCUCCCGGAAGGCCUUUGCUGCCUUGCCUGACGUCUCUAAGGCUGUCUCGGGGUUGACGGUCUUGAAGGGCGUCGGACCCGCCACCGCCUCCGCCGUCCUCGCCGCCUAUGCGCCUCAUGUCGCGCCCUUCAUGUCCGACGAGGCGAUGACAGCGGUUAUCGGGAACUCGAAGGAUUAUUCAUUGAAGAGAUAUGUGGCAUUUGUGGAAAAGAUGCAAGAUAAGGCAAAGGAGCUGUCUAGUCCGGAUGAUAUAUUCACACCAUCAGAUGUUGAAAGGGCACUCUGGAGUUGUAGUGCUGCUGCAAAGGUGAGGACAAAGGCAGACGACGUCGAGUCAGAGCGCAAGUCCAAAAGAAGGAGGAAACAGUAACAUCCGUCGCUUGGUGAGACUCAACAUGCACUAUCUACUAUCCUCUCUAUCUGACAGCUUCAAUCAUGAAUAGAGCUGCUCAAAAAGUCCAGUUCUUAGCGUCUCUAAUCAGCGUCUGUUGAUGAAACUAGGUCAUAGUUCUAGUUCAGGGUGUGUAAGACAAUCUGCUAGGCAAUUUCAAGUGAAUUGUAAAAUUUUGAAAAAUAUAGCAGCUUGCUUACUACUUCUCUAAUGGGCCGCACAUUACUUAGUUGAGAGCCCGAUUCUUUCUAUC